CGAACACCCCCUAAUCCAAUAUCUAAGCCAAACACCCCCUAAUCCCAAUAAACCAUAGUCAUAGUGCCGGGUUCUCCAAAUUCGACCUAAAUCUGCAGUUUUGCAUAUAAGAGCGUAUCAUAUUGCAGGGUUUAGGGCUCUGCAGUCCAGAACUCGCUUGAAUACUCCCACAAAAUUGUUCAUACCGACCUAAUUUAGUCAAAAUGCAGAUUAAUGGGUGCGAUUGACUUAUACAAUGGUUUAUCUCUUUGCAUGGUCAAAUCCAGCAACGGUUUUCGCUUUUCGUCAUCAUUGAAAACAAAAACUUGUGACUUUUCAAGGAAUCAGAGGAAGUUGAAUUGCAUGGCCUCUAUUAGCGCAACGGUCGAAGAGGGAAGACAACAAUUGACUGGGGAUUCCUUCAUCAGACAUCAUCUUAGAGAAUUGUCCCCAUACCAAUCCAUAUUGCCCUUCGAGGUUUUGUCAACUCGUCUUGGUAGGAAGCCCGAGGAGAUUGUAAAAUUAGAUGCAAAUGAGAAUCCGUAUGGUCCACCUCCAGAGGUUUUCGAGGCAUUAGGAGCAAUGAAAUUUCCUUAUAUUUAUCCGGACCCUGAAAGUCGUAGACUGCGUGCUGCCCUUGCUGAGGAUUCUGGGCUUGAAUCUGAGUAUAUCCUUGUAGGCUGUGGGGCUGAUGAGCUAAUUGAUCUCAUUAUGCGGUGUGUGCUUGAUCCAGGUGACAGUAUUGUAGACUGUCCUCCAACCUUUACAAUGUAUGAAUUUGAUGCAGCUGUUAAUUGUGCACGUGUUAUAAAAGUACCUCGGAAGACAGACUUUAGUUUGGAUGUAGAAAAGAUUGCUGAAGCUGUUGAGCAUCAGAAACCAAAGAUCAUUUUUCUAACUUCUCCCAAUAAUCCUGAUGGGAGUGUGAUCAGUGAUGAUGUUCUAUUGAAGAUACUUGAUCUACCGAUACUUGUUGUCCUGGAUGAAGCAUACAUUGAAUUUUCAGGACUUGAUUCUAAGAUGCGAUGGGUCAAGCAACAUGACAAUCUUAUUGUUCUUCGCACAUUUAGCAAAAGGGCAGGGUUAGCAGGACUACGGGUGGGGUAUGGAGCAUUUCCUUUGAGCAUUAUUGAGUACCUCUGGAGGGCAAAGCAACCUUAUAAUGUCUCUGUUGCUGCUGAACUCUCUGCUUGUGCUGCAUUGCAGAAUCCCACUUAUCUGGAGAAAGUAAAAGUGGCCCUGGUAGAAGAAAGAGAGAGGCUUUAUGCGCUUUUAAAACAAGUCCCAUUUCUAAAUCCAUAUCCAAGCCAUUCCAAUUUUAUACUUUGCGAGGUCACUGCUGGAAGAGAUGCUAAGAACCUAAAGGAAGAUCUUGCAAAAAUGGGGGUGAUGAUACGUCACUACAGCAACAAAGAACUGAAGGGCUAUGUCCGUGUUUCUGUUGGUAAACCAGAUCAAACUGACGCUUUAAUGGAUUGCCUCACCCGUCUAUCUUGAUCUCUAUUAUUUUUAUUGACAUUUGUUGUUUUCUAGAAUCAAUCAGAUAAGAUGUCUGUCUGUCACAAUGUCUAGAAGAAGAAAACGCUGUAACUUGUGUUGAUUAUCACAUAUUGCACCCAUCGUCGUUUGUCAUGUAGGACAAAUGUCCUUAACUGUGAUUAAUCAGAUUGGGAGGACAUCUAUUAUGUUUU